CGUCCGAGCGGAGCGGAGCGGAGCCGGGCCCCGGCGGGGGCAGUGGCGGCGCUGGAGCCCGAGGCUGAGCCGGAGCCGUGCGGGGCCAUGCGGGGCGAGCCGCCCGCCUGGGCGCCGGGGCCGGCGGCCGCGCUGCUGGAGGAGGCGGCGGAUCUGCUGGUGCUGCACCGCGACUUCGCCGCCGCCGUGCAGCGCUGCGAGGCGGGCUGCGACAGCCUGGGCCCCGGCCCCGGCCCCGGCCCCGGCCCCGGCCCCGGCCCCGGCCCCGGCCACGAGAGUUUUGCAGAAGUGAAAUGCUCCCUUUGUGUUGUGGGGAUUCAGGCGCUGGCCGAGAUGAACCGGUGGAGAGAAGUUCUGUCUUGGGUCCUGCAGUACUACCACGUCCCUGAACAUCUGCCUCCAAAAGUUCUGGAGCUGUGUAUCCUGCUGUACAGCAAAGUGGGAGAGCCGCAGGUGAUGCUGGAGGUCGGCAGCAGCUGGCUGAGAGCCCACGCCAACCAGAGGCUCCCCGAGUUCGGGUCGCUGCUGGAGCUGUACCUGGCGCGGGUGCUGCUGCCGCUGGGGCGCUUCGAGGGCGCGGAGGAGCUGGUGCGGGGCUGUGCCGUGUUUGACAGCGAGCAGCAGCUGGAGCUCCUCGGCACCAUCUGCGAGAGCCGCUGCCGCUGGAUUCGGCGGGAAGAGACACGCUCGGCUGCUGAGGAGCAGCAAGACCCAGCCACAGAAACUCUUCUGGGAGUGCUAUCCCAAAAACUCCUGACCAUGUUGACGUUGCUACGUAGAGCACUGAGGUCCAUGUCAAACCACUUCUAUUUACUUCCUUACAAGAAGAUGCUCUUGGCUACAUUUUUGCUGUACCUGGUGGUGGUGAGAUUAGACCCAGCUUCUCCCACAUCCCUGCCAUUCAUUUACAAGCUGGUGCAGCUCUUCCGACAGGCUUGGGCAGCUGUGCUUUCUCCAAUCCAUAGGCCUCCAAUUCGAGACUAAGUGUCUUCCUCCACUAAAAGUGUCACCUUGUCUUGGGCAUGUUACCAGGCUCUUCAGGGGCUGCUCAAAUCUGAGAUGUGGACUCCUGGAAUGUCUUCAGACAGGGAGUGGUGGUGUAUGGAUUUCGAAGCCACAGCAAGUAUUCCUGACAUUUUGCUUGGUCCUGUCCAACACUAGGGUACAGCCAUCCAUAUCUACAACUGAAUGAGAAUCCUCCUUUUCAAACACUUUGGAUGUGUCUCUUGAGUGAGGGUUGUGUAGGCAGUUACGAACUAUGGAAGAAGUUCUCAUCCUUGCAAAAGCUGAGCAGUUCUCUGAACAAGUGCAGUUCCUGGAGGACCAGUGAUUAGGGGAAUAUUCUGUUUUCCCUGAAGACAUCUGAAAAGCCCAGUUCCUGCAGCAUGGGAUUUAGGACAAGCACAUGGAAGAAAAACACUGGAGAAAUUAAAGCCUAUUGCAUUUUGAAAGCCAUGUUUUCUCUUGUGACUGAUGCCUCUUUGGACAGGCACACUGGAUUUUAGUCAUAUUUAAGCCAGAAAGAUGAGGAGUUGGGCCAAAAAGACUGUUGUGUUGUAUCUACUCUUCUUAAUGCAAAUCCCAGCACUCAGUGCUUGCCUGAUGCAUAGUCAUUCCUAGAAGCACUUGGUGGUGGUGGUAAGGAAAUAAACUUAUUUUUUUAAAUUAUAUUCUAUGUUAUUGUCUAGCUGAACAACUGAAGUUGUGGCUUUGUUUUGCUCUUUCCCUACCUCUUGCUUUGUUUAUGUAGAUGUCAAAAAGUCUCUCUGUAUAUCUAGAAUUGCUCCCCGAGCCCCAGUAUCCAAAGUCCUGGGUUAGAUGGGAGUCAUUUAGCAGUGCUCUGUCAUUCAGAACAAAAGUUUAUUUUUGUUAUAGGAGGGAGCACUGAUUUACCAAAAUACUGCUUUUAAACUGUUGUGUGCUGGAGGGGACAAGUUAAAGGUGAGAAGCCAGGGACAAAUUAGCCUCUGUCCUCCCAGCACCUGUGCCAAAAGGGUGUAAACUCACUGACGUCAGCCCAAACUACAAAAUGUUGUCAGAGCAGCCUUUUUGGUGGGACCACACCAAACCCAUGAGAAGUAGCCAGUGAAGAUCCCAGUGUGGUGUCUGACAGCAGUAGUGCCCUUUGUCUCUAGCAAUAACCGUACUCCAGGGUGGUGGCUGUUGCUGUUUUCUUCACACAGGGCGUGUUGGUACCCUCAGACUGUGUGUGAUCUGUUGCUUUGCUCCCCACUGGGACACUUGGCAAACAGUGUCAUCUUCACUACUAAAAACAGUUGUCUGUUUCAUCUCAAAUUAUCCCAAAAAGAGCUACACCCCAGCAUUAUUGUCAGACAAACUCAGGUUAUUCAUGAGUGUAAUAAUGACCUUUCCUAGUUGUGUCAAGAGAUUUUAAAACCCAAACCAAUCCCAUAGCCUCCCCAAAAUUUUUGUCUCUGCCAGGACUCUAUGCCAGGUUAAGUAGCACAUAGCUUUUCCAUAUAAAAAAGUAAUUUCUUAUAUACUCUGCAUACACAGGGAAGAGCAGCCUUUGAUAUUGAUAUUUCAGUUUAUUACUGAAACCAACCCUUGAUGUCCAAUCAGAUAGAAUGAAACACAGAAGCUCUGUCUGGAGUUGAGCUCUUCCAAGAAAUGACCAGGAUCAGUUCUCUGCCCCCCUGCUUUGCAAGGCCUCUGGAGAAAUCCUUGGUAAGCCAGUUAAUGAAAUGGCAAACUUCACUCUGAAGUCAGGCCAAAUUCUUAUCAGAGUGACUGUUAGGUCAUGAACACUUCUUGCUGUAAUCUUCUGGCAUAAUUUUUAGUUGGAUGGCAGAGAUGCUGUUUUGGAGGUUGCUUUGGAUCAGUGGUUUCAGCAGGCCAUACAUAGAUUUUAGGAUGCUGUUAAGUGUCCUUUACUAGGACUUUUAACAUUCAACUUUAUUUUAAGUGUAGGUUGGUAACCUUGACUUUAUCGGACUACUGCUGAUUUAGAAUGUAUAUUGUUUUUAAUUCAUCAUGAGAAGGCAGAAAUAAGCUAUCAGGGUUUUUUUGCAAUUAAUACUAAAACUGCACUAUCUAAUUUUUAUAAUAAAGUGACUACUGAUUUACCUCUGUA